AGUUACAUUUUUGGUAAGGUAAAAUGCACAUUUAACCACCGACCAAAUUCACAGUUCAACGACCAACCCAAAACCGCAAGAGGAGAAGAAAAAAACCGAAGAGCAUUUUUUGAUAAAAAAGAAAAAUCAGAAAGCAAAGAUCAAAAUUGAAUAAAAAAAUUGGAAUUUCCCCAAAUCUGAAUUGGAACAUUUUCCCUAACCCAGAUUACCCUAAUCGGAUCACGAUUCAACCGCUCACGCCGGUACCGGAUCCUCCGUUCUUCGCCGUUGGUUGAUCUGAGCCACAACCACCCUCCGUCAAACCUCAUUCUUAUCGUUCCUAAGAAAAGGAGGGUGAAAGUGGAGAAUGGAUUGCGCCGUUGGAUCGAUCGUAUGGGUUCGCCGGAGAAACGGGUCUUGGUGGCCGGGUCAAAUACUUGGCGCCGAUGAUAUGUCCACUUCUCAUCUCACUUCUCCUCGGUCAGGAACUCCGGUUAAGCUUCUCGGCAGAGAAGACGCUAGCGUAGAUUGGUACAAUUUGGAGAAAUCCAAGCGUGUAAAGGCAUUCCGUUGUGGCGAGUUUGAUGAUUGUAUUGAAAAGGUUGAAUCCUCUCAUGAGAUGCCUUUAAAGAAAAGAGAGAAAUAUGCCCGUCGUGAAGAUGCCAUUCUUCAUGCUCUUGAACUUGAGAGGCAAUUGGCGAAGAAGCAAGCAAAAUCAGUCAAUGCUUCUGAUCGAACUGAGCGUAGAUUGUCUAGUUCGGUUAAAAAGGGUGUGGUUGUUUUGCCGGUGGAAACCCCGGGAAAUGAUGACAGUGAUGAUGAUGAAAAAUAUGCAUAUUUGAAAUCAUAUGUGUCUUGUGAAAAUGAAAUUGAUGGAGGUUGUUUUCCUUUGGAAGUAGCCAGGGAUGUGGAAGUAGAUCUCUCUGAAGUGACUCCUCGGAUGAGAGACAUGCAGGAUUUUGGACUCAAAAUUCCACCAUUGAAAGGGAACUUCUCAUCUCCCGUGGAUCCACGUGUUUCAAAGAGAAUAUCAGUUGAUGAGGGUGCUCGGGCUCUUGCAAGUGAUAAUCUUUGCAUGGGGAAUGCGCUCCAGGCAAACGGAGCUAGGCAAAUAGCAUACCGUACAAAGAGGAGUAGGUAUUUUUAUUUGCCAGCCGAGUCUGGUGAUUCUCUUGAUAACAAAGAGAGACUAGCCCUUGUUGACACGCCAUCUCCAAAAUUUGGAGGACAGUUUCCUUAUCGUGGUUCUUUGGAUGGAGAGACUGAAUCAACAUUUAUGGAUGAUCUUGAAUCUGGCUCUACAGAAACAGACUCCACCGUCUCUGAUUCAGGUUCAGAUUCUUCUGAGACAGAACCUGACAUGAAUGUAAAGAUGACUAUACUUACAGAAACUGGCCGGGAUUUUGAAGAACAUGAAAGCACAAGUAGUGAGGAGCCUGAUGAAUUAGCAGUCACCAGUGACAUGCCUCACCUCUAUCCUCGUGAACUGAUAACAUGUAAUGAAGCCGUGUCUAAAUGGCAACUAAAAGGGAAAAGGAAUAACCGGAAUCUUGUAAAGAGGUCUUAUGGUGCCCCUGAUGGAAAAGGUAUUAUAUAUGGAGCAGAAGUGGAUUUUGAAGAAGAAAGAACUAAUUCAAGUCACAAGAGAAUGGGUUCAAGUUUAGAUUGCUACAGAAGUGAUUUUAGUGAUGCACUUUAUGACGAUGAUCAAAUGUUUGGAUUGGAAGAUGAAUAUUCUCCCACUCUUAGAGCUGUAUCAAAAAUUCAAAAUGAAACUCAUCGUCGUGUGGAUGACUUGGCCUGGGAUGAACAUUUUGAUUCAAAAGAAUAUUGGGAUAUUAAGGGAGUUACUCCAACAUACGGUGAUGGUUAUCAUGUUGGUGGGAGGAUGAGUUCGAUGCUGAUUAAUGUAGAUGUGAAUGUUCAAGCAGGAUAUCGAAAGCAGCCUGUGCCCAUUAUUUCUCUCAUGAGUAAGUUAGAUGGAAAGGCAAUAAUAGGGCACCCAAUCCAGGUUGAGGUCCUUAAGGAUGGUUCUUCUGAAACUCUCUUUUCUGCAAUUGAUGACUUCAGUAAUGAUGGGAUUGGUGUUGAAGGAUAUAGUGUGCUUCCGCAAGCUUGGAGGACUGCAAGGAGAACAGCAAAUUUCCGUAUCCCUCGCCCCCAUGUAUUGUCAUCAAAUGGUGCUGAAGUUGCUGUUGACUUUCCCUCUUUAGAUCAAGAACAAAACUUCGAUUAUAAAAAACUAAACACUGGAAGUUCCAUUCAUAAGGCAGGCCUUCAAAAAAAGAGCGGCGACAAAAAGUUCGCUAAAAAGGUGCCAAAGAAGUUGAGCCUGUCAUCUAACCAGAAAAUUAGAACUCUGUCCUCAUUAUCUACUGAACAUAGUCUUAGAAAUCCAUUGCAUGAUAUCAGUAGCUUUCAAACAGGUAGAUUAAUUAAACCAGAAAUCUCCGGUCCCCCCACAGUAGCUUGCAUACCAGUCCAAUUAGUAUUUAGUAGAUUACUUGAAAAGAUUAACAGGCCUCCAUUAAAAGUAGCUAAGUAAUGCAGCUUUGCUGAAUACUGGUUUGGAGAGAAAUUAUUAGGUUACAUGUACAUUGUUAUAUGGAAAAGAUAAUAAUCUUGGAGUGAUAGCACAAUUUAUUGAGGAUUUCUGGUUUCCAAGUGUAGGGAAAUCAUAUUCAAUUUGUUGUCUGCAUUUUAAGGAUUGAUAUGCUGUAUAGUUCCCUAUAUCCUGGUACCUAUUGAAGAUAAAUAAAAAAAGGUAACUUGGAAUUA